CGUCUUCACCGCCGGUCUCUUAGCGAUCUUGGAGCGGGGUAGUGGGUGCCGUGUGAGCACCGCGCCGGGCCGGCCGGGCGGAGGAGCCGCCGUUGCCGUCAUCAUCAUCAUGGUGUUCUACUUCACUUCCAGCGUGGUUCCUUCCGUUUACACCAUUUACAUGGGAAAAGAUAAGUAUGAAAAUGAAGACCUAAUAAAGUAUGGCUGGCCUGAAGAUAUCUGGUUUCAUGUGGAUAAACUCUCCUCUGCACAUGUGUACCUUCGGUUACACAAGGGGCAGACGGUGGAUGACAUUCCUAAAGAAGUUUUGAUAGACUGUGCCCAUCUUGUGAAGGCAAAUAGCAUUCAAGGUUGCAAGAUGAACAACGUCAAUGUGGUGUACACACCGUGGACUAAUCUGAAGAAGACAGCAGACAUGGAUGUGGGGCAGAUUGGCUUCCACAGGCAGAAAGAUGUGAAAAUGCUGACAGUGGAAAAGAAGGUGAAUGAGAUCCUGAACCGGCUAGAGAAGACAAAAGUGGAACGCUUCCCAGACCUGGCUGCUGAGAAGGAAGCCCGCGACAGAGAGGAGAGAAAUGAGAAGAAAGCCCAGAUCCAAGAGAUGAAGCGGAAGGAAAAGGAAGAGAUGAAGAAGAAGAAAGAGCUGGAAGAACUUAGAAGCUAUUCAUCAUUAAUGAAGGCUGAGAACAUGUCCUCUAAUCAGGAUGGCAACGAUUCAGAUGACUUUAUGUAAAUAAAGUCUCUCCUUUCUCAAUCUUGAGGUGGUUUGGGAUGUCUUAAUAUGUCACCAUCGCUAGGAAUGCCGAAAAAAUAUCCCCAAAGUGAACUCUGGCUCCAUUUCUUCCGAACCUGGUUGGUUCUUCUGGCAUCCUAACCAGCUUUGUGCCACGGACACCUUCGGAAAGGAGAUAGAUAUGUCUGCAUGUACAUCUCUCUUUCGGGGACAUGGGUGGAAGGAAGCAGAAUUGACUUUCAGUUCUACAAAGACAGGGGUUGUGUAGCUUUUAAUCCAGUGAGAUUUAAAGAAAAGGAACCAAAUCCAUGUUGUCUUGCCACUGUCCUGGCAGCAGGGUGACUCGGAAGCGGUUGCCAUUUGCUCAGUGUCACUGGUAUGUACAUGAAUGUGGUGCUGCCGAUUAACUCUCCUCUUCACACUGGUGUGGUCUGCAAAGCGGGAUCCCUCUGCACUUGAGGGUGUAAAUUUGGACAAGGUGACGAAAACCCUCCCAGGCCCGGGAGGGGGCUCCUUGUUAAUCCUCCAGAUGAUGCUGACUGAGCUUGGCUGGUGUUGCAGCUGACGUGCAUGACCACUGGCUGUGAUAUGCAUGGUUAGCACAGAAUGAGAAUGAGCCACACAGUAUGGUUUCUUUUAAAUUACACUUGAUUCUGGGGCUGGUCUUUGGAAGCCUUCUCUGGAGAAUGAAAUGAGUGGAGAAGAGUUGAGUUUUGUGCAGUGCCUACGCCUGUCCAGGCCAGAGCUCUUUGCCUGAGUGCUCUGGAAGGUUUCAUGGCCCAGUCUGUAUGAAACUGUUGCAAUAAUCCUCACAGCACCUGUAUAUAUGUCAUGAUUAAAUUCAUACCAUGCUGAGAAAA